AUGAAAUUUUGGCCCCAGGAAAAGCACAGGUCCGGAGACUACAAAAGGGCUGAGAGAGACUCGAACGAUAGUCGGUUUGACGAAGGACCACCGUUAACUGACACGCAUGGACAAAAUUCCCUUGAUUCGGAGACGCUGCUUGAUCAUGAUGACGAGAAACAGAUAGACCAAGAUCAGCUGAAACAGCACUUGUCCUGGUCUGUUCGAGAUAAGAUGUUUAAGCAAGUGGAUGGCGAAUUAUUUCCAGCCAAGGACGUCAAAGAUCAAUUGCUAGGACGGCUAGAACCAGGCCCUGUACUCGACGAUCUGUGGCAAGAUUAUGAGAUGCAGCGAAAUUUCAUGUUGACCCGCGAACAAGUUAUUGCCAUGGGUAAAGAUCCGGAGAUGGCAGUUAAAUUACCAGACGAAAUCUUCGGCUUGGGCCAGGACGCGUACUUGGGGGGACUAGAUGCUUUCCAUAUCCUGCACUGCUUCAACGCUAUUCGCACUGAAGCCUUCAAAGAUUAUUACUUUGACGGAGAAAGGUAUCAUAUGGAAGGAUACGGACCGGAUUCCAUUCCCAAACGCAACCAUUCCGAAAUGUUCUGGAUCCAUUUGCGGCAUUGCAGUGAUAUAAUUGUCCAGUUUCUCAUGUGUAACGCUGAUACGACAAUGACCACUUAUUCAUGGAUUGAAACGCAGGAAAGGCCAUUUCCUGACUUCUCUGUGAAUAAGAAAUGUAUUGAUUUCGACACUUUAGUUCGCUGGCGGGAUGAUAACGCGUUGGAUUUUGAGGAUGCUGGAAUGAUUCGACGACCUCCAGGGGCAUAUGAGGUAGCUGUAAGUGAGAUAUACUGGCAGAUCAUGGGAAAUGAGACCCAUCCAGGAGAUAAGAGGCAUCAUCCUCUUUGGGAUUGA